ACACGCAAUGGACAGUGGGGGAAAUAAUGAGCUAGCGCGGUGGCCUUCGGUCGAUCGGGAGAGCAUCGAAAAGAUCAAACAGUGGUUGUCCACCCAAGAGCAUCUACCACAACUUCAAGAUCACGAAAUAGCUCUAUUUCUGCAUGCCAACUAUGGCAACGAAGAAGCGACCCAGCGCACUAUCGAGAACUAUUACACGCUGCGGACGAGCCAUCGGGAAUGUUUUACAGACCGGGACGUGUUUAACGAUGCGCUACAAACGGCACUCAGAAUCAUGAUGUUUACCACGCUGCCAGGUGAAACGAAGGAAGGCUAUAAAAUGGUGUACACACGCUUGCUCAUCACCGACGCUUCCGAAUUCAAUCACCCGCAGAUUCUAAAGCUCAUGACCAUGUGUCUCGAUCUGUGGGUAAAGCUGGAAGGCAAUGCAAACGGGCACAUUAUGCUAACGGAUAUGCAGGGGAUGCAUCUGGGCCACAUGACCAAGCUGAACAUGGGAGCGUCAAAGAAACACAUGUUUUACGUGCAGGAAGCAUUGCCAAUUCGACUCAAGCAAAUUCACUUCGUAAACGUGGUACCGUUUAUGAAUCGAAUCAUGUUUCUUAUGCGCCCAUUUUUGCGCAAAGAUGUGCAGGAGAUGAUCAAUAUGCAUGUAGACAUCGAUACGCUUCGAAAAGUCGUACCUGUUGAGAGCCUUCCAAAUGAGUAUGGUGGCACUGCCGGAACGUUCCAGGAACUUCACGAAUCCUUCAAGGACAAACUGUACGCCAACAGUAAUUGGUUUCGUAGCAUGGAGUCCCGAUAUUUGGUCGAUGAAGAAAAGCGUAUCCCGAAACCUAGAAGGUACAUGUUUGGGCUGUUUGGUUAGCA